AUGGUGGACGGUGAURGGCUCACUCCCGAAAUUGGUUUGUCGGCAAACGUGGACAGUUUGGACAUCUUCGAAGUGGAGGCACUUGAAGAGGUUGCAAUGGGUCAGGUGCUUGAGGUUGUGCCAAACAAACAGCAACCCAAACAGCGCACAAACCAAAGCUGUGUGGAAGAGGCGAGCAGUCUCAUUGAAAAUCACCAUACGCAGCUGACAGAGAUUUUGGAGAGACAACACAAGGAGCACAUGGGUGUUUUGAAUAGAAUUCAUGAUACACUGAGAGCUCUGCUGGAAACCAUGACGGGAGCGACUGUUGCAUAAGGAGUAGGCACAGCUCGUAACUAAGCGUUUGCGGUACCUAUGAC